AGCUGCCUCACGACAGAGUUCCAGGCCCCUUCAACCUUGCUCGACAAGCCCCCAAGCCUGCCCGCCAUGGCCGAGGUCCAAGCCCGCCUGCAGUCCCUCUCCGAGGACUACCAGAAGCUGCAGCAAGAGCUGCAAGACACGGUCGCCUCGCGGCAGAAGCUAGAGGGCCAGAAGCAGGAGAACGUCGGCGUGCAAAAGGAGUUUGACAACCUGGGCGACGAUGAGACCAUCUACAAGCUGGUCGGGCCCGUGCUGCUGAAGCAGGACAAGGUCGAGGCUGAGAGCACGGUCAAGGGACGGCUCGACUUUAUCAGCGGCGAGAUUUCGCGGCUGGAGGGCAGCAUCAAGGAAACGCAGGACAAGAUGGAGAAGAAGAAGACGGAGAUUAUUCAGGUGCAGUCACAGGCUCAGCCUCAGGGUAAGCAGUGAGUCCUCGAUAGAAUCAUGCCAAUUGCGUCUGCUGCACAAAUGAUGGAGUCAUCUGAAAUUGUCCGUCGUAAAUGCCAAAAAGGAACAUGGACGCCAGCUGCCAAGAAAUCACAGACUGCUUCACAUCUACCUUAGUACUUGCGCGACAGGCAGCAGGCAGUGACCCUCCCUGAC